AUGGUGUCCGCUCUCCUCGCGCUCGCCGCCCUUCCUCUCCUUACCGCCGCCCACCCACCCCACUGGCCCCGCAAGCCGUUGAUCCGACACGACCAACAGCGAGAGGGGGCUGUGUCUGUUGAUUUUAUUCGUGAUCAUGAAAAACGACAGGACGGAGGUAUUACUGGCCCAACCACAACUCCCGGAGGCAAUGGCUACAGUUGUGAUCCCAACAAGUGCAAGCUCCCCAAUUGUGCAUGUGCCUCAACAAACAUUCCGGGUGGCAUUGCGAGGGAAGAUACUCCUCAAUUUCUAGUUUUCACCGCCGACGAUGCGGUUCAAGCCUACACUAUCAACUCUGUCAAUCAAUUCCUUGCUCAACGCAAAAAUCCUAAUGGCUGUCAGCCCAAGAUGACUUACUUUACUUCACUCAACUACACCAACUACACCAUGGUUACCGAUUGGUAUGUUGCUGGAAACGAAAUUGCGGACCAUACCAUGUCGCAUGUUGCCGCGGCCGAGUCUGACGAGAUUAACGGCAAUCUGAUCGCACUCAAUGCGCUCGCUGGUAUUCCCUUCACCGACCUUAAGGGAUUCCGUGCUCCCUUCUUGAACUAUAGUGUCAACACCCUCAAGGCACUGGGUGCCGCGAGCUUCCUCUAUGAUUCGAGUGCAACCUCCAGUAUCCCAGUCACCGAUCCUGGAACCGAUGCAUACUGGCCUUACACCCUGGAUAAUGGUCUGGCAAACGACUGUUUAAGCGUUGCUGGUGUCUGCAACGGCGAGCCGAAACUCCCCGGUCUGUGGGAGAUUCCUAUGUAUGCCAUCUUUGAUGAGCGUGGCGUGGAAGGCCCUCAUCUCAUGGACCCAUGGCUCGACGUCGACGCAUCCGGUGCCAAUAAUGUGUCCGCUGUUGGUCAGUGGAUGCGGAACACCUUCACCGCUCACUACCAAAACAACCGCCAGCCCUUUGGUCUCUACACUCACCCGAUCCAUGUUGCCCCAGAUGUGCCCGGAGUUGCUAACCCAACUGCAAUGGUCAAAAUGAUCAACGACUUCAUUGAUUGGGCUCAGCAACAGCAGAACGUCUGGAUUGUCUCCAACGAGCAGCUCCUUGCUUGGGUUCGUAACCCGGUACCGGCCUCUCAACUCAAUACGCUCCCCGAGUUCCAAUGCCAAGUUCCACAAGUAUCGCAAAAGAUCUGCAAUGGUAUCCCAGCCAAUCAGGAGGGCUUGCUUGACAAGUGCAUGUUCAAUGAAUUCCCCUUCUUCACUUGCUACGGCUGCCCGCAAGAGGUGCCCAGUCCCGGCAACCCCAACCCACCUCAGGCUACUGCCGAAGGCAAGGCCCUCCGUGGACGCCUCCCAGCCAACUGUAGCACUCCCUUCUGGGACCCCAUUGGCUCCAAGUGUCUCUGCCAAGAUUCCGCCUGCCAAUUCGUCGAUCAAUCUCGCCCAAUUGGCCCCAACGGUGCCAAUCUUACUGGUGGUGGAACUGGUGGCACUGUUAGCUCAUCUACUGCUGGCCCUACCUACGUUCCCUUCAACGGUGCUGAAGGGUUGCUCGGCAAGACUGGUCUUACUGCAAUUUUGUGCACGCUUGGUGCGAUGACCGUUGGCAUGAUUGCUGGCGUUGGCAGCGUGCUUGCAUAA